AUGUUCUCCACUCUGAAACCGAAAGCCGCGAGCGUUGGUUCCUGCCAGUUUAUCGUUGGGUGCUUACACACACAAACACAAAUAAGCAAAACCUUUUGGCACUCACCCAUUCACCAAACCCUUCACUCUCUCCUCGACCAAUGUUGCUCCAUGAAACAACUCAAGCGUGUCCACGCCCAGAUCAUCCUGCAUGGACUUGCUGGUCAUGUGCUCACACUAGGCAAGCUAGUCUCUUUCUGCGCCACUCCUCAAGUGGGAGAUCUUCGUUACGCACAGCUCCUGUUUGAUCAAAUUCCCCAACCAAAUAAAUUCAUGUACAAUCAUUUAAUUAGGGGUUAUUCAAAUAGCCAUGACCCAAUAAAGUCUUUGUUGCUUUACCGCCAAAUGAUGAGUGCUGGCCUUAUACCAAACCAGUUCACCAUCCCCUUUGUUGUCAAAGCUUGUGCUUUCAAUCCCUCCUUUUGGGAAGCUGUUGUCGUUCAUGCUCAGGCCAUUAAGCUCGGAAUGGGUUCUCAUGUUUGUGUUCAAAAUGCAUUCUUGAGUGCCUAUGUUGCUUGUCGUUUGAUGCCAAGUGCACGACAAGUGUUUGAUGAUAUUUCUGACAGGACGCUUGUCUCCUGGAAUUCCAUGAUUGCUGGAUAUUCUAAAAUGGGCUGUUGCAAAGAAGCCAUUUUGUUGUUUCGAGAAAUGCGACACCUGGGAUUGGAUCCUGAUGUGUUCACCUUGGUUAGCUUGCUUUCUGUUUCCUCAAAGCUUGGUGAUUUGGAUUUGGGGAGAUUUGUGCAUUUUUAUAUCGUUGUUACCGGAAUUGAAAUUGAUUCAAUCGUGACAAAUGCCCUCAUAGAUAUGUAUGCCAAGUGCGGGCAUUUGCAAAAUGCUACAAGGGUUUUUGAUCGGAUGCAUGAUAAAGAUGUAGUUUCAUGGACUUGUAUGGUUAAUGCUUAUGCAAAUCAUGGGCUUAUUGAUUAUGCUCUGAAAAUUUUCAAUCAGAUGCCGGUGAAGAAUGUGGUUUCGUGGAAUUCAAUUAUUUGGUGUCAUGUUCAAGAAGGACAGUACACGGAAGCUGUGGAACUUUUCUGCAGGAUGAUUGUUUCAGGUGUGAUGCCUGACGAUGCUACUCUUGUUAGCAUUCUUUCAUCCUGCAGUCACAUGGGUGAUCUGGCAUUGGGAAAACAAGCUCACAAUUACGUUUGUGAUAAUAAUAUUACAGUGAGUGUGACGCUUUGUAACUCUCUAAUAGACAUGUAUGCAAAAUGCGGGGCUCUUCAGACUGCCAUGGACAUCUUCUUUGGGAUGCCCGAGAAGAAUGUGGUGUCAUGGAACGUUAUUAUUGGGGCACUUGCUCUUCAUGGUUUUGGAGAAGAAGCUGUUGAGAUGUUCGAGAAGAUGCAAGCAAGUGGGCUCAGUCCUGAUGAGAUUACCUUCACAGGGUUACUUUCUGCUUGUAGCCACAGUGGUUUUGUGGACUUGGGGCGACAUUACUUUGACACAAUGAGUUCUACUUUUGGGAUUUCUCCUGAUGUUGAACAUUAUGCAUGCAUGGUUGAUCUUUUAGGUCGUGGGGGAUUCUUAGGAGAAGCAAUGGCCCUGAUACAAAAGAUGCCCAUUAAACCGGAUGUUGUGGUUUGGGGUGCUUUGCUUGGUGCUUGUAGAACCUAUGGGAAUCUCGAGAUUGGUAAGCAAAUCAUGAAGCAGUUGUUGGAAUUGGGACGACAUGAUUCUGGGCUUUAUGUCCUUCUCUCAAACAUGUAUUCAGAAUCUCAAAGAUGGGAUGACAUGAACAAGAUCAGGAAAAUAAUGGAUGAAAGUGGGAUAAAAAAGUGUAGGGCAAUUAGCUUCAUUGAAAUCGAUGGCUCUUGCCAUCAAUUUAUGGUGGAUGACAAAAGUCAUGGAGCUUCAACCAGUAUAUCCUCCUUGCUGGAUCAAUUAAUGGACCAUCUAAAGUUUAUUGAAUAUCCAUGUAAACCUUCGGAUGCAGAGGAAAUAUACUACUCUGCAUAUGUGCGUGCAUCAAGCCUUCAACAUUCAUUUGCUGAUCUUGGCAAAGAUUCACGAUUGCUUGUGGAGGAACCUUCCCUAAUGAAAAUCCUCGUGCCCAAUAAUAGAGUUCAUAAUCUUGCAGUAUGUGGAUGUAUCUUGGCUAAAUAA